UUUAAGGAAAAUAACUGAAAAAAAAUAAUUGUAAUAAGAAUAUAACAAUAAUUUACAGAUUGAAAUAAAACAAAUCAUUAUGUACCGGUAUAGCACAUCAGAUAUUGACAUACCGGAGCUGCUCACUCCAACAAAAAGAAAUGAGUUUGGCUCGAUGAUCCGAAAGAUAUGGACCAAAAUUUCUCUGGUCAAACUUGGAACAACAUUAUGUACAUCUGAGAUUCCUUUCAUGUCACUUGAUGAGCCAGGUGGUGACGUACAAGAAAUAUACAAAAGUAAAUCAGAAAGUGCAACACAUAGGUUUAAAUUUGAUAAAGCAGAACCUUUACUGCCAAAAGAAAAUACUUUGAUGACUCAUAAAGACCUCAAACCAGCUACAGCGGCUUAUUCUCUACCCAAUAUCAAUGACUCAGAACUUUUUAUUCCCAACACUUCUUUAAAAGGUUUAUUUCAAGCCAACAACUUGAUUGAUCCAUGUGUUCCGUGCUCAAGUAAACAUAUUCCCCGGAACGGUCCAGAGAAUCAUGACGAUGAGCUAUCAAAUCCACAGCAACACAAAUGCAAAAUGCAGAUAUUGAGGUUAUCAGAGAUAAGGGAGGACAACUCUACUGCAAUAUGGCGAACUGACGCCACACCGCAUAUUCCCCAAGCAGUCAUUAAAGAUGACUUGUAUCUUGUAAAACCCAAAUUACAGAAAGUGUUUGGGCGUGAUGUUGAGAUACCGUCUACUGGUCCAGAAGCGGGGAAGGUUAUUACUUCAAAAGCAUAUGUACCGGUCUUGACUGGCUUCGAGGAUUUUAGCUGCAGUGCAUAUUACACAAAUACUGGGGCAGCUGAUUUUGCUGGGCAGUUUUAUCACGAUAAAGCUAUUCAGACUGAUCUUAGCGAAGGAGUACGAAGGGAUACAAUAGGAGUUCGCGUUACUCCAUUUGGAUGGCUUUAUCUGGAGAAUGUUGGAAACAUUGAAUUGAUUGACUAUAGAGUUCCUUGUCUGACCGCGUUCUUCAGAGACCAGAUGCGCCGCAUUGAUAUGGUUCUGGUGAUAAGCGACUCCAAUAAUAAUGACAGGGAAUGCAUAAAGAGGACGUACUUAUUAAACUUGCGAAACGCUGGAUUAGAGUUAGAACUCGAGCCUGGUGUGCUAAAGAAGAAUCAACGACUACUAUUCGUAAAGAUACAUGCACCAACCGAUCUCAUUUUGUGUGCCGCAAGACACUACGACUACAACAAGUAUUUUAAGACUAAUCACCUUGAUUUCGCCAAAUACAGUUGGUUGGAUGAAAAAGAUAUUAUCAAAGCAUUAAGAGAAAAUUAUCCAGAGCCGCAAUCGUUUUCUACGCUUGAGCGGAUUGAUGUUGUGUACAAAAUAUUGCUAAGGACUCGCUUUGGGCCUGGUCAAACACAUUACGGGCUAAACAAGUUGCUGGACCAGCGCAUAAUACUAGACGCGUAUCCGUUGCACGACGGUCCGUACUUCAUUCUCGAAAAACAACUUCAGGAAGGAACUUACUUGAACGGCAGACAAGUCCUCUUCGAGAGAUGGGUAGGCUAUAGAAAUUUUUGGAGCAAUCAACCUUUUAAUACUAUCCGAGAGUACCUCGGCGAGCGAAUCGCAUUUCUGUUCGCAUUCUACGGCUACUACAACAAGUGGUUAAUACUACCGGGAUUUAUCGGACUUGCAAUGUCAAAUUGGGCUAUUAGGUUCACGAGUCCCGACACGACUCCUCUCCUUUCGGCGUGUAAUAAAACUAAACAAGAGUUCGUCCCAUUUAAGACGUUCCUGUUUCCUAGCGCAUGGCCUCCAGAUCGUGUCAGAGUUGUCUAUGAUGAUUUGCCAGUGUGUCCAAAAUGCUCGGAUUUUGCAGUGUGUCCAUUCGUCAACAUGUCCAACCUUUGCACAGAACUGUAUUAUAAAGUCUUACUUGACCAUCCUUACGCCAUCUACAAUACAUUUUUUACCAUGUUAUAUUUUAUUCUGUUCGCGCGGAUGUGGCGCCGGAGGGAAACAUACUUGUACUGGCUGUGGGAGGUCCGGGAGGGUGAUGCCAAGGAUAUGCAAAGAUCUGAAUAUGAAUACUCUUUUGAUUUUGAAUACAAAGAUACGGUGCGAAGAAUACUUGUGCUUAUUCUUCUAACUUUGUUCAUCUUCUGCCUGAUACCAUUGUUUAUUUUUGCUGAGAUGGAAAUGUGGAAAAUGAUAAUGAUACAAACCGAAAAGGAGGAGCUUCUCGUAAUGGCCAACUACUUCACGCUUUCUUUUUUAGGUGGACUCAAUGCACUGUCUACACUCAUCUGGGAAUAUAUAUUCACAAGAGCAUCGAUAUUGUUCUCGCAUUGGUUGUACAAUCAUCGCACCGAAUACCAUCACGAAACGUCCUUCGUAAAGUACAUGUUUAGUUUUACGCUACUUAACAAUUUUGGAUUAUUGUUUUACUAUACUUUCAUUAAGGGACUCAUGUACAGAAGACCUGAUGUUGAGAAAAAAUGGAAGUAUCCAUUGGGGCUGGGCACAACCAACUGUGGAAUGCUCAGCUGCAUAGACGAAGUGUUCAUCGUUUUCAUGUUCACUAAUAUGUUCAAGAAGUCUUUUCAAGAAUCCGUCAUUGGACUUUGCCCGGUCAUUAGCGAACAAAAGGCGAGCGCUUGUAUGCCUAUUCCUACGCCGCUCGAACAAUAG